CUCAAAUAGUGAAUUGAAUUAAACAUUGUGUAAAAAUACACGACUCAAAAGAAAUGAGAGAAGCCCUGAUAAACCACAACGAAACAACCUUUUAUAAAGAGUGCCCUAAACGGGAGACAGUCAGUCGGUCCAUAUUUAGUUUACUCGAUUCCUCUGACAGGACUUUUUCGAUCGAGUUGUGCCCCGGUAAAAACAUCGACGAAGGCUUGCUGUCAAAACUGGGACUAAAUUUCUGUUCGAUAACUUGGCACAGUCCCUCGGUGGCACAGUUGAAAUGUGUGGAUAAAACACCGGGUAUUCAAUUGGCACAGCGACUUUGCUGUCAAGGUUACAACGUGCUGCUGCAUUUGGCGGGAAGAAAUUUACACGGCGAUCUCGUGUUGGACAUUUUGAAUGCGGCGAAAGGUAUCGGAGUCAGGAAUAUCUUUGCACUUCAAGGAGAUCCAUCUCAAAUAAAAGAAAAAGAUGAUGCCAAAUGUGAUUUCCCGUAUGCCGCAGAUUUGGUAAAGUUCAUUAGAGCGCAUUUUGGGAACUACUUUUGUAUUGGGGUUGCGGGCUAUCCAGACAAACAUCCAUAUUCCGUAAAUUUGGAAGAAGAUGUAUAUUAUUUAAAAGAAAAGGUGUCCAAUGGGGCGGACUUCAUAAUAACCCAGGCCUCCUACGAUUAUGAAUCCUUCAAAAAUUUCUCCAAACGCUGCAAAGAAUCGGGUAUUAAUUUACCUAUAAUUCCUGGUAUAUUCAUAAUCAGUUCCUAUAAGACUUUAAUUAAUAUGUCGAAAUUUUGUGCAGUGCCGAUUUCAGCAGAAGUCCUAAAAAUCGUAGGCAAAAACAAAGAUAAUCCCAAGGCUGUUAGAGAGUUUGGAAUUCAUCACACUACUGAAUUAAUGAAAUGUAUACUUAGAGAGACAGGAUAUAACUUUAGGGGAGUUCACAUAUUUUCGCUAAAUGAUUUGGAGUUGGUGGUAGAAGUGAUCAAGAGAUUAGGUUUAUUUGGUCCUAGACUAGAAUAUCCUCUGUAGAAUUGUUGCCCUGAGGUAUUUAUCUUUGUAUGAUUUUAAUAAAGAAUCUCAAUUUAAAGAUUUUA